AUGUGUAAGCACAAGAAGGGACAAAGUUCCAACAAUCAAGCCAAUUUCGUGGAAAAUGACAAUUUGGUUGGCAUCAUUUCUGAGGGAAUUCAAAAGCCUGCAUGGUUAGAAGCACUUUAUAACCAAAAGUUCUUUGUGGGAUGUUCAUUUCAUGAGACUGCAAAGAAGAAUGAGAAGAACAUUUGUUGUUUGGAUUGUUGUAUUAGUAUUUGCCCUCAUUGCUUGUCGUCUCACCGAUUCCAUCGUCUUCUUCAAGUUCGUCGAUAUGUUUAUCACGACGUCGUUCGACUCGAAGAUCUUCAAAAACUUAUAGAUUGCUCCAAUGUUCAGCCUUAUACCAUAAAUAGUGCCAAAGUGGUGUUCAUCAAGAAGAGACCUCAAAAUAGACAAUUUAAAGGGUCUGGAAAUUAUUGCACUUCUUGUGAUAGAAGUCUUCAAGAACCUUAUGUCCAUUGCUCUCUUGGAUGCAAGGUGGAUUUUGUGUUGAAGCAUAAGAGAGACUUAACUUCUUACCUUAGAUCAUGCAAUUCUCUCCCACUUAGUAUGGAUUUUUUAGUUCCACAAGAGGUAGGAGAUGACGAGAUGACAAACGAGACUCCUCGUUCGACGGUUGUGGACUACGACGAGCCAAUGAGCUCGUCUUCAGGAUCCGAGAACAUGAGCAUAGCUCAACCACCCAUUGUUCGAAAGAAAAGAAGUGGUCUUUGUUUGUGUGGAAGAUCAACUAGAAAGAUAUCUAGUGAAGACAUAGCAACAAGUAUGAGCAUAAGUAGAAGGAAAGGCAUCCCUCAUAGAUCUCCCUUGUGUUAA